CACUACCAUGCAUGAGGCCUACGUGCAUAUAUCAACCAACCCACAGUCAGUGAAUCAGUCCUGUUCACUUCCCUCAGCGUUUGUCUUCCUCUCCCUCUCCUCCUCGGCUCCUGCGAGUAUCUUGGCCACCUCUUGCUGGCUGGCUGCCCUCCUGCCUCUCAUCUCGUCUACUAUACCGCCCGGCAGCUCACUCAGCCGCGCCUUGGACAGCACCAGACACACGGCAUUCACUGACAAGACCUCACACCGAUACAGUGAGGGUAGAGACAGACCAGCGCCGCCGAAGAGCGCCUCGUCGCACAGACAGCACCUGAACACACAGACCAGAGACACGGACGGUGUCUGUUUGUCGGUGUGCUUCGUGGGGGUGUGGGGGUGUGUGACCGCGGUGGAAUGAUUGCGGCGAUCCGCCAGCUCUGUCGGUGUGGCUGAAAGACACCCCCACCACUGCUCCCGAUGCCACCGGUGUCUCUCUUGUCCUCCUCCUUCUUGGCAGGCCCCUUCUCCAGCAACUGCAGUGUCCCCGACCGCACCACAAUCAGCCCGGGGGCCUCGACGGGCGGCGAGGCGAAGGCGUCGAAGAGCACCUGUGAGAAGUGGAGGGUGUUUAUGUCCAACAUCUCCUCGAAAAUCAUCGACAGCGAGUGGGUCUCGAUGCCCGAGAAGAGGGACACGGACCGCAGGAAGCUGAUCUCACACUUGUAGGAAUCUGCAGACAGACAAGACAGAGUGUGUUGCAAACCUUGCUCGGCAGCCCAUCGGUGUGUUGCAAACCUUGCUCGGCGGCCUCAGCGAGGCGCCGGAACACGUGUGAGGGCAGGAUAAGAACCUCAGUCUGGUCAGUAUCAUGGCCCCCCACCCACCACACCUCAUCGGCCGCAGCAAGGUCUUCCGCGCUGCAAUCGACGUCUCUCUUGUCUCUGUUGCUGCGGCUCAGCAGAGCCUUCAUGGAUUGCUUCCUACUACUGGGUGGCUCGUUGUGCACCCAGUCGCCCGCAGAGAGGGUCUUGACAGACACAAGAGAAGUCUCGAACUCUCCCAACACGUCAAGCGCCUGACGGCACAGCUCCUCUGUAUCAUGCAAGACACACAUGGCGUCCGUCUGGAAGGCGCAUUUGACCUCCAUUCCAUGUACCUGAGACUCGCUUCAUCUCGGCUCGGUCAGGCAAGCCGCCUCUCCUCGACGACGACGCCUUCUUCUUGUGUUUGUAGCUGCUGGUCGAGGAAUCGUCGCCCAGAGCCAUGUUGGCCUUAGAGAACGCCCUGCUCAGCACAUGCCUUGAUGGCCGCCGAGACGCAUCGCGGGACGAGGCGGCCUCGGCCGCGCUGGAGCUGGCUGUACGCGAGCGGCCGGGCGGCUCCCCAAUGGCUGAUCCCGAUGCCGAUGCAGCGGAGGGGGUGCGGGAGACGCUGUGCGAUCCGCCUUCCUCUGCUGUGCCUGACGGCGAUCUUGUGCGGUGGAUGGCGCGUGUGAGCUCGAGCAUGCGGGUGCUGACGGUGGUCGACCGCUCUGGCACAUAGCUCUCCGCAUCCACCCUGGAUGAGUGGAUGGAUCAAUGGGUGCGGGAGGUGUGUGUGUGUUCUGUGGUCGUGCAUUUGAGUCACUUGAUUUGUGUCGGCAUGGUGAACCGCUUGACGUCGAUCGAUCCGAACAACACAGCGAAGAAGACAUCACCCGGCAGAAACAGCACACUCCUGAUCGAGACACGAGCAUACAUACAGCCACUUCGGCUCCUUCCUUCCUUCCACCCACCCAUCCAUGCAUUCCCACCUGGGCACCACUCGGAUGGUGAAGUAGUCGAGCGCCGCGAGCAGCUCCUCCCGCGGCACAUACUGCAGCGGCCUUAUCCGCCUGAGAUUGCGCAUGCAGUGCUUCCGCUCCAUGUCACUGAAGUGGCGACAGGCGACAGGCAGCUGCCCGGGUUUGGUAGAGGGGCGCGACGAGAUGCGACAGGAGACGGUCGAGACCACCGACAGGAAGCGAGAGCCACCGCUACCGCCGGCGCGGGAGGAGGGGCUGUAGGUGUUGAGGCGACUGCAGCAGCCGUGCAGGACAAGCAUGAAAUCGCCUUGGCAUGAGCGGAUGGAUGGAUGGACGUUUGCUUACGUUCUGGCGGGUGGACAUUUGGUCAUGAUGGUUGACAGGUAGUGGUGGUAGGCCUGGUGGGGAUCUCCAGCCGAGAAUGACGCAAGGAAGACAGCCAGGCCGCCAGUCAGGCUGAUGCGAUUCCUGCGAGACGCAACCAAAUUGGUUAGUUAGGCCAGACGUCCGUCCCUUGAUUGGCUGUUUGUUUCCUCACUUGAUAAGUGUGGGUCUGACGAGUGGGUUUGGAUGGCUCCGGCAUCUUGCCAGCUCGAAGUCCGUCCACACCUCAUUGGCCAGUGCACCCACAUGCACACCGGACAGCGCCCGACACACCAGCAGGUCCGUAGGAAUCACCUGCGACCUGCGUGUACGAUACCACCUCACACAUGUGGAUGUCGAUCUGUGUGUGUGCGCGCUAACGAUUGCAGGCAGGCGAACUUGACUGCAUGACUCAAGUCACCGUGGGCAUCCUCCCAUCGCCCCAGCUUCAUCAGACAGACGCCCCUGCACAUCCAUCCAUCCACACAGGGGCGUCUCCAUGGCGCGGUGCGGUGGUGUGUGCUGCAUGGCAUGUGUGCCCUCGCUCACCUGUUGUAGAAGUGGAGACUGCAGGAGGGGUCGGACUUGACGCACCGAGAGAAGAACACAAUCGCACUUGCCAGCUGAAUUAGCCACGGAGAGAGACAAACAAAUGCGCCCCGCGUGCCAAGUCAUGUCACUGCCUCACCCACCAUGUUGAGCCGAUCGAGGCAGCACCCACACACAGAGAGGAGCACCGUGUCGGUAGACAGGUCGACUUCGGUGCUCCGCAAGAGGUCUCUGCAUGAGAUGACGCAGCUGCGCCACUCGCCCGCCUGGAACUGACGACGGAUGAUCGAUGGCGGCAGGAGGGGCGGCUGCGUCAGCCGCUGGCAUAGCUGCUGGUCUGCGGGAGCCGGCAUGUCGGGCGGCAGCAGGGGGAUGAUGUGAUGCGCGAACUCGGGAUAGUACCCUGAGAGACACACGGUGGAAAGUCCAAUUGUGAACAGACGUCUGGCUGGCUGGCUGGCUGACCUGGCGCGCUUCUGCAUCGUGUGGGCAACCGCUUCUCCGCAGCAGCUUGAGCCCCCUGUGCAGCGGCGUCUCUCUCGCCAUGCCAACUCAAGCUCCGUGUGGGCAGCUGCGCGCACCCUCCUCGCCACUUGAGGAUGCGACUAACUGAUUCGGCCAGCUGGCUGGCGCCACCCUUGCCAUAGCUGACAGUGAUGUGUGUUCUGCGGAAGGUGGAGACGGCCUUGACCUUCUUAAAUGUCGCCCCUCUCAUCAGCCCCUUCCUCACCGAGUGCAUCGACCGCUGUGUCUGCAGCCGACUCAGAGGACGCCUGGCGGCGCGUGAAGAGGACAGUUCUUCCUCCUCCUCGUCUGUCUGCACGGGUGUCUCCCCGUCGACGGGCUGCCACCCCGUCGCCACUCGCCGAAGAUGAGCGGCACGAGUGGAGGGGAUGGGCCCGCGCUUGGCCUUGAAUGACAUCAUGAAGCUCGGCAUCAGGUCGCUCCCCAACGGUGACUGCUCCUCGGUUUCUUCAAGCACAGGAGGCCAGACGGGUGCCGUGCGGGGGAUGACAGGAGGCUCUGGUUCCUCCUGGCCUGCUGCCUUCUCCUCCUCAUGGCCUGCUGCCUUCUCCUCAUCGUGGGUCGCCGCUGUUGGCUCUCUGCUGCUGGGGGCACUCGCCUCUGCUCCUUCUUUCCCUUCUUCUUCAGUCUCUUCAAUCGUGAAGGUGACUUUGGACCUGAGCGCAUAGAUGGGCGGCCGUGGCGGCAGCGGCUUCGUCUCCGCUGCCAAAUUCUCGGCGCUCUCCUGCCGGAAUGUCCCUAGUCUCCCUAUCGCCCUGCCGAUCGUCUCAAAGGUCCGGUCAAGCCCCGGUGUCGUGGGCGCGUCGGCAGUGAGCGAAGCGGAGGACGAGCUGUAUGAUAGCGUGUGAAUGGAGCUCUCGGGGUGAAGAGCCGAGUCGUCGUGCGGCACAUUUGACACGUUUGAGAAGAAGGCCGACUCGCUGCGGAUGUCCAGGACUGCUGAUCCGCUGGAGAUGUAGUCUAUCACCUUCUUGUUACCAGUCUCCUCAUCAGCCUGUGCAGGUGGGGCACCUUCACCAUCCUCGCCGCCAAUCUUUUGCCCGUCCUCGGCCGAUGGGACUUCAGUCUCAGCGGGUUCUGCUUCUUCAGCCCCUUCUGCACUGACAGGUGCGACCAGGCCCUCCUCUCGAUCUUCAGUGACACCUCUUUCUGCCUCCCCGAGAGACUCCCCCUUAGGCGUCUUGUAGGCCCUGGGCCACCCACCAGCCUUCCGGGCCUUCUCAGCAGCGGCGGACAGGCCCAACAAUGGAAGCUCGAGCGGCGUGAACCGAGGUCCUGGGAACGUCGUGGAGCGUCCCCCAACCCAACAACUAUCAGUUCGGAGUCCGACCCCUUUUGAGCCCGGCUCGAUCUUCGGGAGCUGAGCUGCCUCGGGCAGGGGCUGCGGCUCUCUCUGAGGCGGCUGUGCAGGUGCUGGGGACACUUGUGCUCUUCCCAGGAUCUUCGAGAGCUUGGCGGAAGUGUACACGUAUGAUGACGGGGCAGUCUUGCGGUAGGAGCGGCGCUUCCGCUUUCCUCCUUCCCCGGGCCUUCCGAUGAGCAGCGAGCGGACUGUAUCAUGGUCAUCGCGUGCGCUGGAGUAAUCCAACCGUGAGCGUUUCAUCUGCACUGCAACAUUC